UUUUAAUCCAGGAAUUUGGUCCAAGAGCAGGCACAAAAGGAACUAUAGCUAUAUUUUUGAAUAUGUGAACAGCAUCGUCAGCAUGGUACCGGAUUAAGUUCAUUUAUGGUAAUUCUUAUUUUAGUCGGUAUCUGUACUUCUUAAUACAGUAAUGUCAUUAAUGUUUAUUCCCUCAGUCUGUGUAAAUCUGAACCUCUGUGUUAUUGGCCAGUUGGAAAGGGUAAUGUAAACAGAUUCGGUUACCCUAAUUAAGUUAUGUAUCUGUAUACCGAGGGCUUUGUCAGGCUGCAACAAUUUCAGUAUUCAUUCUAAGCCACAAGGCUUUGCCAAAAUGAAAUUACCGAUGCCAAAAUUACCCUCUGUUGUUUAGACACAGCAGAUGUAAUAACCUAAUAUUUAACAGUGUUAUUUUUGGAAAAGGGAUGAGGCCAGAGAGUGAACUGUCCUUUGCACCUCACCGAAGAAGACCCGGGACAGGAAGGGAGCUGCUUGAUGAAAUGGCUGCAUUUUCUUUCACUGCUGAACUAAAGACCCAGGGGAGGGCUCCUCAGAACAUUUGCUUGAGGCAGGUGCAGAAAGAGUUCAGUAAGGGGGAAAGAAAAAUAAUCCGUAAGCAGAAAAACAAAACAUGUAAAUAGUAAAAGCGGGAAGAGUGAAACUCCAGCUGAGGACUCGCCAUUGGGCUGGAGUCUGGGUGCUUUGAGUCUCAAGUUCCUACUUGUAGGAAGGUGUUCCAGUCUAUCCGCAGAGACCUUCCAGAGGGAGAACGAGCCCUGAAGAGCACCCUCUCUUCACAGGCCAGAACAAAAGCUCAUUUUCCACUGGGAGUCAAUAAAAACUCUACCUUGUGAAAUACAGACAAAUGGAAAGGAAAAUGGAAAGGCAAUCAGCAGCCCAGAGGAUGCUUAAGAUUGCACAUAAAGUAGGUCAUGGAAAGCUGGGUGUGGGUGAAAGCCAACACUUGGGAAGUAGAGUCAGGACCAUCAGGAGUUCAGAGCUAGCCUCUGCUACAUAGUGAGUUCCAGGACAACCUGGAUUGCCGGAGACCCUGUUUUCACUUUGUUUUUUAAUGUAAAGUCAUGGGGAAAAAAUGGAAGAAUAGAUAGAGAUGGUUUAACUCUUAACCCUGUUUAGAUGCAGAUCCGAAGGUCGUUUCUGACCAGGAUUCAAGCUCCUUUCUGCGAAGCCUUCAGGUCUCAUCCAAAUUAGAGGGUAUAGCUCACUACCUGCUCAUUAGACCCCAACAUUCUGUAACACCAGAGCAGAUGCCUGAGUAAGAGGAGAGGGGUUCAUGUCAAAGUCACUCCCCCCACCUCUGCCGUGUCAGAUCCCCUAGGACCGGAACUCCUCCCCCUGGGAGCUCUUGUUUUGGAAACUGGUGGGGUGGGGCCAGAAAACAUUACAAUGGAGCUGGGAUGGAGGAGGUGUGCUUUUAUUUCAGAGUGUGUCAUUUGAGCGGAGUCUCCUGAAACUGCAGCUAACAGAACGGAGGCUGUGUUAGAUCCCCUGGGUUGUUAAGCUGGCGCACCCUGGAGAGUAGGCGACAGAGCAGGCGAGAGAGGCAGUAGAGGAGGGCAGGAAGCCGUACGCCUAGCCGGCUCAUCCCUUCAACUUUGGCUUUUGCUGUGGUGAUUGUAACAGGAGGAGGAAGAGCUAGGAGAAACCCCUGAGGGAAAAGAACGUAAGGAGGGGUGAGAAACUCAACUGGAAAAGAAGUACCAGCGGGAGUGAAAGCAGCCCGCAGAUGCAAACGCGGAGGCCAAAGGAAGAGGAGGAAAAGGCUGGGCUCCGGCAACCUGCUGCUGGGAUUUAGACAAAGGAGGUUUUUAGAGAGGCGGGAUCAGAUUCUAAUAUCGGCUUGAGGAGAGAGCCCGCAGCUGGGCUGGGGAAGAUGAAACGGCCGGAAUUCGCAGUGACUGGAGCAUGUACCACAGCCAGAGCUCCCGGGAAUUAGUAAGUCUGGGAAGGGAUUUGCAGAGCUUGAUGGGCGCUGACAUCUCCCCCCUCUGUAAGGCAUGCCUCCGUCCAUGCGUUACCUCUUCAUAGUCUCUGUGACCACUGUCAUCGUUUUUAUUGUGCUCUACCUGUUAAGUUUUGGGGGAGAUCAAAGCUACCAGAAGCUGAACAUCUCAGACUCUGUGAUGCUGACGCAGGUGUGCACAUCCUUCAUCAACGGGAAAACCCCUUUCCUGUGGAGAAACAAACUGAUGAUCCAUGAGAAGCCUUCUUGCACAGAAUAUGUGACCCAAAGCCACUAUAUCACAGCCCCUUUAUCUCAGGAAGAGGUCGAAUUUCCUUUGGCAUAUGUCAUGGUCAUCCAUCAUAAUUUUGACACCUUUGCAAGGCUCUUCAGGGCUAUCUUCAUGCCUCAAAAUGUCUACUGUGUUCAUGUGGACGAAAAGGCAACAGCUGAAUUCAAAGGUGCAGUGGAACAGUUAGUGAGCUGUUUCCCCAACGCCUUCCUGGCCUCUAAGAUGGAACCCGUGGUCUAUGGUGGGAUCUCCCGGCUCCAGGCUGACCUGAACUGCAUCAAAGAUCUGUCCACCUCUGAGGUCCCCUGGAAAUACGCCAUCAACACCUGUGGGCAGGACUUCCCCCUGAAAACCAACAAGGAAAUAGUUCAGUACCUGAAAGGGCUUAAGGGGAAGAAUCUCACUCCAGGGGUGCUGCCCCCAGCUCACGCAAUUGGAAGGACCAAGUACGUGCACCGGGAACACCUGAGCAAAGAGCUUUCCUAUGUCAUCAGAACCACCACACUGAAGCCUCCACCUCCCCACAACCUCACCAUUUACUUUGGCUCUGCCUAUGUCGCUCUGUCGAGAGAGUUUGCCAACUUUGUUCUGCAUGACCCCCGGGCAGUUGACUUGCUCCAUUGGUCCAAAGACACUUUCAGUCCCGAUGAGCACUUCUGGGUGACGCUCAAUAGGAUUCCAGAAGACACAGUGCCCAGAACAUGGUACACAGCACCUGGAGUAAUACGGGUGGGGGACAGUGCUUGGAGCCUGGGAGUCACACUGCCUGUUAGCUUCAUUGACAGUGCUCCAUUUUCUGCAGGAGCUGAAGGAGAGCAAUCAGCUGAGCGACUCCCUGUGGAGGAGGAGAUAAACACACGCUCUCCCUACGCAGAUGCCUGGGACUGGGACCUCGCACUGCCUCUCACCCUCACUGACGGAGAUUUGGCUCUGUCUGGGAUGCAGACUUCUAAGUCAGAGAGUACCAAGUCAGAGUCCUGGGUCUUCCAGCCCCAGCCAUACCAUCUGCCAUUUGUAAAGUCUGGCCUCAGAGAGCAGAUUUAGUCCAUGUGCUAAAAGCAUACGCCCUGUGGCUCAAAGUUUGAAUCUGGAUUCUGCUAUGUACAAGCUGUAUGACCUUGGCUAGGUCACCCACUUUUGUAUCCCAUGUUCUCCACCUGUCAAAUACAUGAUGAGGCUUUAAUCAAUUAGACCAGUGCUUUGAAUAACAGCUGAUGUGUUAGUGUUUGUGGUAACUGUAGUUCAGUUGUGUAUCCCACACCUUGAAAUGUCUAGAUCCAGAAACGUUUCAGAUUUUAGAAAAUUUUAAAUCCUUGAACGAGCAUAAUGUAGUAUCUUAAAGAUGGGGCUCUAAGUCCAAACACGAAAUUCACCUAUAUUUUAUAUACAUAGCUUUAAGGUAAUUUCUUAUGAUGUUUUUAAUAAUUUUGUGCACAAAUUGCCAUGGUGGAAUUCUCUACAUGUGCUUCUAGUAUUUAGAGGGCUUUGGAUUUAAAAUUUUUGGAUUAGGGAUGCUUAAUGGAGAAUGUAGUUUCAUCUGUGAAGCGGUGAUUCAGUCAAUAGAUAUAUAUGGAGCUGGAUGCUGACCUAGCGUUUGGUCAUGAGUUUGACAAGUAAGGCCUCUGCCUUAUGGAGUGAAUAUUCUAGAAGGGGAAGGAAGAGAAUAAAAUGUUUGAAGCUAAGCAAGGGAAUUGGAGAUUAUGGUAAAUGUUAUGAUACAAAAAAGGGCAUUCUUCAGAUCAGGUAGGUUACAAAAUCUUCUUGGCAGGGAUGGCAUGCCAUCUGCAUCUCCAAAUGAUAACACACUCUUGGGAAGGAAGUCACAGGCAGAGGGAAUAGGGACUGCAUGAGAGAGCCCGAA